UUUAUGGAUCAAAACAAUUGGAUUAAAAAGUCUUCUGUUUAGGAAUUUGGAAUAGAUUAGGGUGUUUAAUAGUAGGAACAUUAAUAGGGAUAACCUCCAGCUUCUUUAAUUAGAAGAGUGUCUAAACGUAAUGUUGCCAUAAGACCAACUUAGGAAAGUGGAAUAGCUUAAAUAUAUGAAACAUUUCAUCCAGAACAAAAAACAUAGAAUCUUGAAGAUAUUAAAUUCAUCAUAAAAUGUUUUUAGAGUCAUUUUGUAUUUAGCUCAAUGAGUGAUACAUAAUUGUAAUAAUAUAUUAUGUUAAUUUUAGAACGCAAUUAGCACAUAGUAUGUUCUAUUGUAGAUUGAAGAUAGGAGAAACAAUAAUUAAAUAAGGUGAUGGAGCAAGCUCAUUUUUUAUUCUUGAAAAAGGAAAGAUAAAUGUUUUAGUAGAUAAUGUACCACGUAAAGAAUUAACUUCUGGAUUUGGGUUUGGUGAAUUAGCCUUAUUAUAUAAUGCUCCUAGAUCAGCAACAUGUAUGGCUGUGGAAGAGUGUUUUUUAUGGGGAAUUGACAGACAUACAUUUAGAAAGAGUAUAGAGACAAUAAUGAGAAAUGAAUAAGAGAAAAAUAGGAAAUAUUUAGAGAGUGUAAAAUUUUUUAGUAAUAAUAUGAAAUGAUGAAAUAGAUUAAUUAACUAGAGAAUAAAAAGAUGCUGUGGCUGGUGUAUUAAUAUCUUAGAAAUUUAAUUAAGGAGAGAUUAUAGUUAAUGAGGGAGAUUAGGCUAGUUCAUUUUACAUAAUAAUGGAGGGUUAAUGUGGAGUUUUUAAUAAAGAUAAUUAAUAAAUAGCAGUUUUAAAUCCAAGUGAUUCUUUUGGUGAAUCAGCAUUAAAACAUGAGAAUUAAGUAAGAAUGAUGACUAUAAAAUCAAUAUAAAAAGAUACAAAAGUUUUAGCAUUAGGGAAGGAUAUGAUUUAAUAGAUUUUAGGUGAUUAAGUAUAAUCUAUUAUCUAUAAAAAUAUAUGUAAAUGGGCUUUAAAUUCAUCUAAAUUAUUUAGCAAGACAUAAUCAAGUUAUUAGGAUAAAUUAUUAGAGGGAGUAUAAAUAAAAAAGUUUAAUGCAAAUUCUAAGAUAAUUAUAAAGGGAGAUAAGGUUGGAUAAUUAAUGAUUCUAUUAGAUGUUGAUGCAAUUGAUGAGAAUAAAGUAAAAUCUUAAAAAGGUUCAAUUAUGGCUGAAGAUACAUUGUAAGAUAGAUUAUAAGGAACUACUCAUACAAAAACAUACAUAUUGGAAGGAGAUGGACAUGUAGCUAUUAUUGAUUAUGAGUCAUUCAGAAAAGUUUAAGGAAGUGUUGAGAAAAUUCAAUAAGGAAAGGCAUAAUAAUCUGAAAAGAUUAAUGCAUAUUAAGAGUAAAUAAAAAGUCAACCAUUUAAGAAUUUAAUAUAUUUAAAUAAAUUAGGGUCAGGUUAGUUUGGAUCUGUUUAUUUAUGUAAAUUUAAAGAAUUAGAAACUUUGUUUGCAUUGAAAUAUGUAACUCGAGCUCAUGUAUAAUAAUUUGGAAUUUAAAAACAUAUAUAGUAAGAGAAGGCAGUUUUAGAAUUGAUGGAUCAUCCUUUUAUUCUAAAAUUUUAUAGAUCUUAUAAAGAUAAUGAGAAUAUAUAUUUUUUGACUGAAUAUAUUCCAGGAAUGGAAUUAUUUGAUGCAAUAAGAGUUAUUGGUAAAUGAUUUAAUUAAUUAUAAAUAUAGGAUUAUUAAGUAAAUAUGAUGCCUAAUUUUAUGCAUCUCAAAUGUUAUUAUAAAUGGAAUAUUUACAUACAUAACAUAGUAUUGUAUAUAGAGAUAUUAAACCGGAAAAUAUCAUGGUAGAUGAUAAGGGAUUCUUGAAAUUAAUAGAUAUGGGUACAGCAAAAUCGUUUAAGAAUUAAUGUAAGAAUAUAGAAUAAUGUUAAAUUUAGAAUCUUCAAAGACUUUUACAAUAAUAGGAACACCUCAUUAUAUGGCACCAGAAGUAAUAUCAGGAAAAGGUUAUGGUUAUUUUGCAGAUUUAUGGAGUGUUGGAGUUUGUGUUUAUGAAUUUAUAUGUGGAGGUUUACCAUUUGGAGAGGAGGCUGAAGAUCCUUUUGAAAUAUAUAAAGAAAUCAUAAAAAAGCCUAUAAGUUAUCCUCAUUUUAUGUCUGAUAAAACUGCUAAACCUUUUAUUGAAUAAUUAAUGAACAAGAUUCCAGAAGUCAGACUUGGAGGAUCAUAUACUACUUUAAAAUCUCAUGCUUGGUUUAAAGAUUUUGAUUGGGUAAUAUUAUUUAUUCUAAAUAAUAGGAAAAAUUAUUAAGUAAAUCAAUCAAAGCACCCUUAUUGCCUGGAAAAGAUAAGAUUAUGACUCCUGCAUAGAUUUAAAGUGUCUAAUAACGUGGAAUCACAGUUCAUGAUUAAAUUCAGAAGGAUACUUAAGGAUAAAAGAAAGUAUUAGCUAGUGCUAAGGAUGCAGAAUGGGAUAGUACAUUUUGAUCAAGUAUAUAAG